AUUUAAUCAGAUAGCUCUUAACAAGAGUUCUUGAAUUUGAGUCCCUUGAACGCAACAUCACCUUCCUUAAAAAGCACUUUAAUAUACAAUUUAGAUUUUUUGAUAGUGCCAUUUUCUCUUCUCUUCCCAUAUUUCCUUUUCAGAUUACAAUACCAAACUAACAAGUGAUGAGUUCAGAAGAGACUCUUGUUGAAUCGGCGCUGCGAGUUCUCAACACAGCUGACCCUGUUGAGAAAGCUCGCAUUGGUGACGAAGUAGCAAACAAAUGGCUGCAAGGUCUCAUUUCUCAGCCUUAUAACCCUGCUGAAGAACUCCCUGUUCCUGAUCGUCCAGCCCGUCUUACAAAUGUGAAGCUGGUGUCACCAAGUCUCAUGCCGAAGCUUGGGAAAGCGGGAAGCUUGCAGAGUAGACAGGCCAUUGUACAUAGUCUUGUACACACUGAAAGCUGGGCUAUUGACUUGUCUUGGGAUAUAAUUGCUCGAUUCGGCAAGCAACAGUCAAUGCCAAGAGAAUUUUUCACUGAUUUUGUAAAAGUUGCACAAGAUGAGGGGCGGCAUUUUACUCUACUUGCCGCACGGCUUAAGGAACUAGGUUCAUUCUAUGGAGCUUUACCUGCUCAUGAUGGCCUGUGGGAUUCAGCCAUUGCUACUUCUAAUGAUCUGUUGGCUCGUUUGGCUAUUGAACACUGUGUUCAUGAGGCCAGAGGACUUGAUGUGAUUCCAACAACAAUAUCCCGUUUCCGCAAUGGUGGUGAUAGUCAAACAGCUGAGUUACUGGAGAAUGUGGUGUAUCCAGAAGAAAUAACUCAUUGCGCCGUGGGAGUCAAGUGGUUCAAGUAUCUUUGCGUAAGAUCAACAAAUCCAAAUCUGAGUGACCUUCCUUCAGAAGAAACUAGUGAUGUAGACAAUGAAGUGAUUCAAAAGUUUCACUCCACUGUGAGGACAUAUUUCAGAGGGCCAUUGAAGCCUCCUUUUAAUGAGCAAGCAAGAAAAGCUGCUGGAUUUGGUCCACAAUGGUACGAACCACUUGCUGUUAAAGAUUUCACAGUACUAUGAAGGUCUAUCGUUUCGCUGGUAAGAGGCAGCAGAUACCCGUGGAAUUAGUCGAUGUGUGCACUAGCUUCCCCAGACGUUACGGUUUAUUCCAAAAAAUGGAAGCUUCUCUUCUAUGGUUGUAGAAUUUCUGAUGUGUAUAGAGGGGAAUUUGGCACUGGUUAUGGAAUUGUCUCUAAUUUUCAUGAUAUAAAAGCAUACAUGUUACACUA